CAGGCACUGCAGUAGAGGACCAGAGCAUAUAAAAGGAGGACACACAGGACACUCAGGAUAUCAGACAGAGAAGACACACAGGCAAUCACACAAGAUUCAAACAUGGGAAAUGUGGUCAAACCAGAAUUUGUUACAGUUCUGGGUGAUAAAAUUGUUACAAGUGGAGAAACAGUUAUUCUUCGAUGUGAGGCAAACACAGAAGGAGUAGAUGCAAAGUUGGAAAAAGACGGCAGUAAAUUGUCAUGUGUAGAGGGCAAACACAAAGUGACCAGAACAGGUAAAACAUUUACUUUGAAAAUUUUAAAUGCUGAUGAGACUGAUGAAGGGAAAUACACUUUAACCCUGAGCAACACAGCGGGAUCUGCAUCAUGUUCCGCUUUCAUCAGAGUCGAAAUGAAGGAAUGGAGAGAAGUGCGAUGGCAGAGUCAAGCUGAAAUGUUGAAUAAUAUCAAGACAUUUAACAUUUGUAAUGAAGUUGAAGAGCUCCACUUCCUCUUGUAUGGACCAGUUGGAGCAGGAAAAUCCAGCACCAUAAACACCAUCAGAAGCAUCUUUGAAGGACGUCUGUUUGUAAACUGCCAGGCUGCUGCAGGAUCUACUACGAGUCACACUCUCUCUUUUGAAAGUUUCAGACUUGAAGAUGAAGAAGGAUCAUUUCCUUUUGCCUUCUAUGAUGUAAUGGGUGCAGAAGCAGAAGCAAAAGCUGGUGUGAACACUCAAGACAUCAUCAGUGCUUUAAAAGGUCACAUGAAAGAGGGCUACAAGUUCCACUCUAAUGGGCCGUUGUCUGAAAGCGACAGUUUUUACAAUCGAAAUCCAAGUCUGGGUGAUCAGAUGCACUGCCUGGUGAACGUCAUAGCAGCUGACAAGAUUUCACUGAUGAGCAAUGAAUUUAUCAAAAAAUGGAAGACUAUCAGAGAAACAGCGACCAGUAUGGGAAUCCCUCAGGUGGUUUUCAUGACGAGAGCAGACUGUGAAUGUAAAAUAACAAAGGAGAAUUUGCAAAACAUCUACAAAAGCAAAAAGAUCCGAGAUAAAAUAAUUCAGUGCAGUCAUCUACUGGGUGUACCAGUGAACCUCGUCUUCCCUGUCGUGAACUAUCAUCAGGAGACCGACGUGAACACGGAUAUAAACUGCCUGAUGCUGGAUGCCUUAAAAAAUAUUGUUUUCUGGGCGAAUGAUUACGUGAAGAAAUGUUCCAACAAGCAAAAUUCACAUCAGCAAUCAAACUAUGAAUAAAUACAUUUCACAGAAAAUAUGAAAAGCAGUGUAACACACAAUCUAUAUAUGCAUGUCCUAAAACUGUGAAAUCCAGUAGACUUUAGACUGUAAAACCAGAAGAGAAUUGUUUCCUGUUGUGGGCAGAGAAGUUUGAGACAAUACUUCCAGUCCUUAUUUAACAAGAUUCUCAUCAAAAAGCACCAUAGAACAUAAAGAAGAAGCUACUAAGAUCAUGAAAUUACAGAAUCCAGAAGUGAAAUGUAAACCUGAUCGGCUGCUCAGACACUGUGCAUUAGGUAAAAGGGACUAUAAAUAUAAAAUAGGAGAAAGUAAAAGAAAUAAGAGGAGAUAUGAGAUGAUAUAUUCUAUAACGAUAAGAUGGUAUUUAAAAAAAAUUGUGCAAUAUAUUUAUUUAAUAUUUACAUUUGCAAAAUGGAAAGUACAAAAUUGAAUGAGGCAUAAUAAACCAAACUGAAGAGCCUGAAGAGAACCAUUAACAUCAUUAUUAUAAAUAAAUAAAUGUGGCACAAUCACAACUUAAUGUAAUGCAAUAAAUUCAU